AUGGGCACUUUCGGUACCAUUGGCUUUGGCUACGUGAAUCUGAUCGAAUCUGCGGGUGACCAGGGCCUCGUGGCUUUUGGAGGAUAUACGUAUCCCGGCGGCGAGAAGCUUUCUGUUUUGGCUGCGAGGCAGAAUGAUACCACUCGUCAGAAUUCAAUGGAAUUCGUUCGUGUCUACGAUAUCCCCAACAAGAAAUGGUACACGCAGCAAACAAGGGGCGACAUUCCGCGCUGGCGAAUGGCCGGCUGCAUCGUGGUAGUGCCGGACGAUCUAUCGUCUUAUUCAAUCUAUGUUUUCAGAGGAAUGGCACAAAAUACAGGAGAUUCCGACGGCGACGUCUACGUCCUCUCCAUACCCUCUUUCCAAUGGAUUCGAGUCUACGAGACAAUACUGUCCGAUACAAGCACAAAUGCCAGCUCGUCCAUAAACAUACCAUGCAUGCAACUGCGACACCACGACUUUUGCCAACGGAAUAGGGAGACCUGCAGACUCUCUCCUGGAGAACAAAGUACAACGCAAGGGAUAUUGAAGGAUGCGCGAUUCCACCUAAGAUUUCGGAAGCGAUCGGCGGGGUCCAACCGCGGCGCAACCCUCACCGAACACAAAAACAGCUUCAACAGCACACAGCUCGCCUGCUCAUUCAGAAAGCGCAGCGUACAGCCUACCUCUACCCAGUCUCACCCAGCACUUCCGCAACAUCCACAUCAUUAUCCACUCAACUCCCGAAUCAUCGCCGUCAUUAUAAGUCGGCGCCAUAGCCGGAGUAACUGUCGGUCUGUCACCGGUGCGGCUGCCAUCGGCGCAUUAGCCUUCUUUCUACUUGUCCUCCUCCGACGUCGUCAAGCCAAGCUCACGAAGCAGAGUAUUCCCUCGUGGGUUAAUCUGCGCGCGGGUAAACCGCUUAAGCGGCCUAGGUUUACCUGA